GCGAAGGCCUCACUACCGGCGUCCGCUCGCCGCCGCCAUUUCUGUCGAGGGGAACGGCAGUGCGGCCUGUGAUCAUGGCGCUGUUCCCGGCCUUUGCCGGUAUUGGUGACGCUCCCAACAGCGGCAGCGCCAGGAAAGAAUUAGAUUGGCUGAGCAACCCGAGCUUUUGUGUUGGAGCCGUAAGCUCUCUGAGCCAACAACCUGAAGAGGCUGCCGCUCUGGUUUCUGAAGGGUCACCGCUGACGAGGAGUCCUCUGAAAUCAGAGCCUUCAGAUGAAAGUGAUGCUAAUGGAAAGCCCAAACAAACAAGCAGAAAAAAGAAGAAAGAGAAGAAGAAGAAGAGGAAACAUCACCACAAGAAAACCAAGAGAAAACGUGGGCAGGCCAGUAGCAGUGGGUCCGAGCCGGAUAGUGAGCCUGAAGAGGACAAAACUUCCAGAAGCACUGGAGACAGUAGAAGGGAAUCGGAGAAACCAAGUCAAGAAGGUAAUGCUGCCGCUGAUAUUGGGCAUCGCUUUGUUUGGCUUGAGGACGUUCAGGCUCUGAAUGGAGAAACCUUCAGAACAGAUAAGAAACCGGAUCCGGCCAACUGGGAGUAUAAGUCUCUCUACCGAGGAGACAUAGCAAGAUACAAGAGGAAAGGAGACUCCUGCCUUGGCAUUAACCCUAAGAAGCAGUGUAUAUCCUGGGAGAGGGCUGCCGCAGAAAAGAAGCCUUCACACAAGCGUGUUGAGCGCUAUUUUACGAAGAAGAGCGUGGGCUUAAUGAACAUUGACGGAGUUGCCGUUGGCAGUAAAACCGAACCUCCCUCAUCUGAGCCGAUCUCGUUUAUCCCCGUGAAGGACUCGGAUGAUGUGGUUCCUCCCGUUACGACCUGGUUGAACCCUCUGGGGAUUUACGAUCAGUCCACCACGCAGUGGUUACAAGGACAGGGCCCUCCAGAGCAAGAAUCAAAGCAGCCAGACUCCCAGACAGACAGAGAGCACGCGCUGCUCAAGGCCAAGGUGGAGGAGUUCAACAGGAGAGUGCGGGAGAACCCUCACGAUAUUCAGCUGUGGAUGGCGUUCGUUGCUUUUCAGGACGAGGUCGUGCGGAGCCCCGGCCUGUAUGCCCUGGAGGCAGGGGAGCAGGAGAAGCGGAAGAGGUCUGCGAAGCUGGUGCUGGAGAAGCAGCUGGCUGUCCUGGAGCGGGCCAUCGAAAGCAACCAGAGCUCCGUGGAGCUGCAGCUGGCCCGGCUGAAGCUGUGCGCCGAGUUCUGGGAGCCCUCGGCGCUGCUCAGGGAGUGGCAGAAACUGAUCUUUGUACACCCCAACAGUACGGCCCUCUGGCAGAAGUACCUUUUAUUUUGCCAAAGCCAGUUCAGCACCUUCACCGUGUCGAAGAUCCACGGUCUUUACGGCAAAUGCUUGAGCACUCUGUCCGCGGUGCAGGACGGCAGCAUCCUGUCGCACCCCGCCCUGCCCGGCACCGAGGAGGCCGUGUUCGCUCUCUUUCUUCAGCACUGUCACUUCCUGCGGCAGGCCGGUCACUCUGAGAAGGCGAUCUCGCUCUUCCAGGCCAUGGUGGACUUCACCUUCUUCAAGCCAGACAGCGUGAAAGACCUGCCUACCAAAGGACAGGUGGAAUUCUUUGAGCCCUUCUGGGACAGCGGGGAGCCCCGGGCUGGGGAGAAGGGCGCCCGAGGCUGGAGAGCCUGGAUGCACCAGCAGGAGCGAGGCGGCUGGGUGGUCAUCAGUCCAGAUGAUGAUGAUGACGAACCAGAAGACGAGGACCAGGAAAUAAGAGAUAAGAGUCUGCCCAGGUGGCAGAUCUGGCUCGCCGCCGAGCGGUCCCGAGACCAGAGGCACUGGCGGCCGUGGCGCCCUGAUAAGACCAAGAAGCAAACCGAAGAAGACUGUGAGGACCCAGAGAGACAGGUGCUGUUCGAUGACAUUGCGCAGUCUCUGAUCCAGCUCUCCAGCCGGGAUCUUCAGUUUCAGCUGGUCGCGGCCUUUCUGCAGUUCCUGGGCGUGCCUUCUGGCCUCAGCCCCCCGGCCUCCUGCCUCUACCUGGCCAUGGACGAGGACAGCAUCUUCGAUAACGGGCUUCAUGAUGAAAAGCCAUUGACUUUUCUCGACCUGUCCUUUUCCGGCGUCAGCUGUGUUGGCCGCUCAGACCCACUGGGCUGCCGUCGCUGGACCCGCGGGCACAAUCGAGAGGGCGAGGAGUUCAUCCGUAACAUCUUUCACCUUGUGAUGCCUCUGUUUUCAGGCCAGGAGAGGUCUCAGCUCUGCUUCUCCUGGCUAUGGUACGAGAUGGCGAAGGUCGUUUGGUGUCUGCACACUAAAAACAAGAAGAGGUUAAAGUCACAAGGAAAGAACUGCAAAAAACUCGCCAAAAACCUCCUGAAGGAGCCAGAAAACCGCAACAACUUUUGCCUCUGGAAGCAGUACGCACAUCUGGAGUGGUUGCUCGGCAACACCGAGGACGCCAGGAAGGUGUUCGACACGGCGCUCAGCCUGGCGGGGGGCGGAGAGCCGUGGGGCUGCGAGCCCUGGGAGCUCGGCCUGCUCUACGCGGGGCUGGAGCUGGAGCUGGAGCUGUCGCCGUCGCCGGCCGCGAGAGGGGCCGCCACGGCCCGAGCCGUCCACAUACUGACCAGGCUGACGGAGAAUGGUCCCUACGCGCCCUACUCCGGGCCGGUCUCGGCCGUUCACGUUUUGAAGGCCCGGAAGGCUUACGAACACGCGCUGCAGGACUGUCGGGGGCAGAGCCGUGGCGCCGGGCCGCCUCCCGCCGACGCCUCUCACCGCCUCACCGGCCUGCUCAGGUGCUUCAUGCUCUUCCAGUACUUGACCGUGGGGAUCGAAGCCGCUGUGCAGAUCUCCGAGCAGGCGUGUGCGCAGCUGCAGGGCUCCGUCUCCCCGGGCGGCUGUGGGCCAGACGAGCCCGGCUGCGCGCAGAGCCCGGGCCGCGGCCUCGAGGCCGUCACGCUGAUGCACACGAGCCUGCUGCGGUUCCACGCGAGGGUCAGCGUGUGCCCCGUGGCUCCUCUGCGGCAGGCGCUCUCGGACGCCUUACGGUGGUACCCCGGCAACCAGGUUCUGUGGCGGGCCUACGUACAGCUUCAGAGUAAGUCCCACACGGCCAGUAAGACCAGAAGGUUCUUCGAUGCCAUUACCAGGUCUGCCAAACCCUUGGAGCCGUGGUUGUUUGCGAUUGAAGCCGAGAAAACGAGGAAGAGGCUGGUGGAAACAGUUCAGAGGGUGGAUGGCAGAGAGGUCCACGCCACAAUUCCCGAGACCGGCUUGACGCAUCGGAUCGAAGCCCUGUUUGAAAAUGCUUUGCGGAGCGACAACGGCAGCCAGUGCCCCUUACUGUGGAGAAUGUAUUUGAACUUUCUGGUCUCCUUGGGAAACAAAGAAAGGAGCAAAGGCGUGUUCUACAAAGCACUUCAGAAUUGUCCUUGGGCAAAGACGCUGUACCUGGAUGCCGUGGGCCACUUCCCUGAAGAGAUGCAGGAGGUCCUGGACCUGAUGACGGAGAAGGAGCUCCGGGUGCGCCUGCCCGUGGAGGAGUUGGAGCUUCUGCUCGAGGACUAGAGACCAGGAGGUGUUCAACAGUCCCUGCCUUCCGGGCCUCAUCGCCUGCACCGCUGGGGCUGGGAUGCAGCAGACGGGGCACACGUAGGUGCAUGUGUUCCAGGAGCUCUGCUUUCCAAGUCUAGCUUUAAUUCUUAGUAAUUUGUACCUGGUCAUCAGUUUCUUAGCUCUUGCACAUUUUUUGGAUGUGCAAAUAACACAGAAGCUAUUGCUUACAUAUUAUAUAUGUGAAUGUGUAGGUAAGAAUCAUGCCCCAUGACAACGGAACCUCCCGUGGUUGGCGUGUGCGAGUGUGUUCUCUUCCUCUGCGGCCCCGGCCCCGCCGUGGCGAGUGUGCCUUGUUGGUUGGCCUUCUUGGCGGUCCUGCCAGGGUUUCUGGGUCUUGCAGUCAUGAUAGGAAAGGUCCGGUGACUCAACGCUAGAACCUCUUCCCAGGCUGGUUAGCAGGAGAGCGGAUUUUGCUCGUCUCUUCAGGCCACAGCCCUGGAGUCCCUGAGAACUUGGUGUUCCGGCCUGUGUCAAGUGUAGGAAGCGUCUUGUCCCUAAGCUCUUCUUGACGCCUCCCAGCUGUGGACCAGCAGCAUCGCCUGGGCGCGCUGCAGCCUCGCACUUGGACAGGACCCCUGGAGACUUAGGAGCACCCAGGUGUGGGAGGGACCCCUGCUGCAGGGGGCACACGGGCAGCCAUCCGAGCAGAGCAGAAUGGAGCGGCGGCCUCCUACCAGACCCUGCCCGCCCGCGAGCCGGGCCGCGGACGCCCUCAUGUGGGUGCGGCAGCGCCGCCCGGGACAGAGACCCGCACUGGCCGCCGCCUUGAUGUCUGAGGGUUAUGAAUGGAAUGAAAUGUAAAUACCCACAUUCAGACCACUUUCUUCUGAAGAGAACAUGGCUGCAGUUAUUAACUGUUUUUAACUAGGAGGAAAUUGCUUUAUCUUCUCUGAGCCCUGCUCUCAAACAAAACCACGAUGCCUCUAAUUGCUGAAGUUGUCGUUCUUUGGCAUCUCAUCCAGAAAAGCCAGUGUCAUGGAACAAAAUUUUGGCUUGAAACAGCUGGAAAAGGAGGAUGGCAAGUCAGAGCCCCCGAGGAAGGCGGCCGGCCAGCCAGCCAAGGGGACGCUUGCCGUGCCUGCCCGGCUCACUCCCCGGCUUGCACACGGACCUGCUCAGAGAGGAGAGGAGUGCCGGAAACAGAUGGGGGAGGGAAGCUCUGACGUGGUUUUGAACACCCUGGAGACGGAUGAGGUUUCUGAACCCGAGAACAAGGGAUGCCAGGGCAGGGGGGAGGGACGUCCGCCAGGGCCUCUGGAGAGUCCUAGUAGGAACCCCACUACUUUCCUGCCCCAGAGUGCUGAGAACCCGCAGGCUCCAGACCUUCCAAAAUGGAAAGCUGUUUCCUUCGGAAGCCAGAGCCAUACUCUUCAACGGCAGAGCCCACUGGCUUUGGGGGACCUGCUUUCCCCCAAAAGGAGGUGGGUGGGAGAAAGCCCAGAAACAGACUUGAGCUCCAUGAGCCUGGCUUGU